AUGGAGCUCGACGCCCCGCGCAAUAUUAAACACAUAGACGAGCUGCAAUGGAGCACCUCUUUGAUGCGUAACGAGCAUGAAAUAUAUGGUACCCACCCGGAGUCCAGGAUCAUCUUUCUGAAUGUCAACAUUUUGGAUUCAACUGGUGCACUGCCAUACCGUGGAGAUGUAUUCAUUGAAGGAGAACGCAUCUCUGCGGUUGGUACAGUGCCGAAUGUUGAGGAGUUGAAGAGUGAUCCUAAGGUGCGAGUCUUCCGAGGCCGGGGCAGGACCCUCAUGUCCGGCUUGGGCGAUGGCCAUGCGCAUUUCAGCUGGAAUGGUGGUGAUCUCGAUCGCCUGGGAGAACUCAAGAUUGAAGAGCAUACGCUUCUCACGAUGCGCAGUGCUCAGUGUUUCCUGGACUCGGGUUAUACGAUGUGUUUUGGUGCUGCAUCAGCGAAAGAGAGAUUGGAUGUUGUCAUCCGCAACGCCAUCAACGCAGGCGACAUCCCCGGCCCGCGGUACCUAGCCAACGGACAAGAGAUGGCCCGCCGAGGCGGGGAACUAGUCGGUGGCAUCACGACCUUUGCCGAUGGGCCGGAAGAAAUGCGGCAAGUGAUCCGGCAGCACGUAAACGUUGGUGUCGAUAAUGUGAAACUGAGCAUGUCUGGCGAGGAGAUGACUGAGAUCAGAUCCGCGCAGGAUUGCUAUUUCACCGACGAGGAAACGGCAGCUUGUGUAGAUGAGGCACAUAAGCACGGGAGGAUGCUCUGUGCCCAUGCACGGGCGCGGGACUCGGUCAAAAUGUGUAUACGCCAUGGCGUUGAGGCCAUAUAUCACGCCUCAUAUAUUGACGAGGAAGGCAUGGACAUGCUUGAAAAGGCCAAGACGCACCACGUCGUCGUACCAGGAAUCAACUGGCUGAUCACCACACUGAACGAGGCCGAAGCGUUCGGCUACACGCACGAGAAGGCAGAAAAGGUGGGCUACGGGCGGGAGCUCGAUGCGGCCGUGGCAGCCCUGCGGGAGAUGCACCGCCGCGGCAUCGUGGUCCUACCUGGUGGGGACUACGGCUUCGCGUGGACACCGCACGGCACGUACGCGCGGGACCUCGAGCACUUUGUCAAGCUGCUCGGCUUCACGCCGCACGAGGCUGUCAUCGCCGCCACGGCGGGCGUGGCUAAGCUCAUGAGGCGGCCGGCGGAGCUCGGGAAGAUCCAGCCGGGAUACUAUGCGGACUGCAUCCUGGUAGAUGGGAAUCCGCUGGACGAUAUCAGCGUGCUCCAGGACCACGAUAAGCUCAACGUCAUCUGCAUCAAUGGUAGGGUUCACAAAGCUAGUCACAAGGAGUACGUCCCGCCUCCUGUUGCUGGACAGGACGGGAAUCGGCAUGUCAUUGUCCCCGAUGCGGAGUUUCCUGAAAUACGGAAGGCUAUGCAAAAGCAGUAUUGA